CCUAGAGCAGUUCACAUGAAAACAGGGUACGGUCUAGACAAAUAGGCAGACAAAAAGGAAUGUAGAAACCGGAAAAGCCUAAGCACUUUAUUGCAGUGUUCAAUACUUACAACUCUAGAACCUCGGCUCCAAAUUAAAGCUUAAACCCCACUUAUCUUUCACAUUUUCACACCGCUAGGUUCAGCCAUUUCUAUCUUCUAGUAUCAGGAGCUAGUUCAAUUGCAAUCACUCAACACAUAUACACUUGUGCAUUUGUUAUAAAAUCGAAGCGAGCUAUGAGCUUCAAUAGCGCUGCAGGGGGUGGCCAACCCUCUAGAACAACAUUUGAGUUUGGAAGGACUCAUGUAGUCAGGCCAAAAGGGAGGCAUCAAGCAACGAUAAUUUGGCUACAUGAUCUUGGUGAUAAAGGGUCUAGCUGGUCUCAGCAAUUGGAAAGCCUUCCUCUUCCUAACGUAAAGUGGAUAUGCCCGACUGCUCCUACUCGUCCAGUUUCUUUAUUUGGGGGAUUUCCUUGCACUGCAUGGUUCGAUGCACAGGAUAUUUCAGAGGAUGCACCUGAUGAUUUACAAGGAUUAGAUGCAUCAGCAGCACAUGUUGCUAAUCUCCUAUCAACUGAGCCUGCUGACAUCAAACUAGGUAUCGGUGGGUUUAGCAUGGGUGCCGCAACUGCUCUUUACUCAGCUACAUGCCACAUUUUCGGCCAAUACGCCAAUAGGAACCCAUACUUAGUUAACUUGAGCUGUGUUAUCGGCCUCAGUGGUUGGCUUCCAUGUUCCAGGAUGUUAAGGAACCGAAUGGAAAGGUCAAAUGAGAUUGUAAGGCGUGCAGCAUCACUGCCCAUUUUGCUUUGUCAUGGAUCUGGGGAUGAUGUUGUGGCUUAUAAACACGGAGAAAACUCCGCACGUACAUUAAGUUCAGCUGGAUUCCAAAACCUAAUGUUUAGAUCGUAUGGCGGGCUUGGCCAUUACACCAUUCCGGAAGAGAUGGAUGAAGUUUGUUGCUGGUUAACUGCGAGUCUGGGGCUUCAGGGAUCGUAGAUUGAGAAAUCCGGGAGACGGUUGGGGGUAUACGUGAGAAGAAAUCAAAAUAAAACAUAAAUAGCUAUCACAGGUUGAAGAAGUAGUUUGAAUAGGAUAGAAAUACUGUGUAAAAUAACAGUAUGCUUUCCUUUGUAUCCUGAUGGUAAAUUGAGACUUUUAUGUUUCAGAUAAAACCUGUUGCUCAUUCCCAUCCAAAAUCAUUUCUUUUAUUUA